UUGCACAAGUUUCGAGGUCACCGGCGACCCUCCCUAGCAGCGCGCCUGGAUCUGGCCCCCGCGAAGGAGGACGGGGCUUGUGUGUUGCAUACUUUCUAAGGCGGUGGCUGGGACAGCGACAGCGGCUGUGGCUCCAUCCGGCCCAUCGACUGGACUCGGGCGCGGCUUGGCAUGGCUGGCUACCUGAGUGAAUCGGACUUUGUGAUGGUGGAGGAGGGCUUCAGCACCCGAGACCUGCUGGAGGAGCUCACUCUGGGGGCCUCGCCGGCCACUACGGGCAAGGCUGCUGCCUUCUUCUUGGCAGACCUGGGUGCCGUAGUGAGGAAGCACUUCUGCUUUCGUAAGUGUCUGCCACGAGUCCGGCCCUUUUAUGCAGUCAAGUGCAACAGCAGCCUGGGUGUGCUGAAGGUCCUGGCUGAACUGGGGCUGGGCUUCAGCUGUGUCAAUAAGGCAGAGAUGGAGUUAGUCCAGCGUAUUGGUGUCCCUGCCAGUAAGAUCAUCUAUGCCAACCCCUGUAAACAAAUUGCACAGAUCAAGUAUGCUGCCAAGCACGGGGUGCAGCUGCUGAGCUUUGACAACGAGGUGGAGCUGGCAAAGGUAGUCAAGAGCCACCCCAGUGCCAAGAUGGUUCUGUGCAUUGCCACGGAUGACACCCACUCCCUGAGCUGCCUGAGCCUGAAAUUUGGAGCAUUGCUGAAAUCCUGCAGACAUCUGCUUGAAAAUGCCAAGAAGAGCCACAUGGAGGUGGUGGGUGUGAGUUUUCAUGUUGGCAGUGGCUGUCCUGACCCUCAGGUCUAUGCUCAGUCCAUCGCAGAAGCCCGGCUUGUGUUUGAAAUGGGUGCCGAGCUGGGCCACACGAUGCAUAUUCUUGACCUUGGUGGUGGCUUCCCUGGAGUAGAGGGAACCAAAGUGAGAUUCGAAGAGAUUGCUUCUGUGAUCAACUCGGCCUUGGACCUGUACUUCCCAGAGGGCUGUGGUGUGGACGUCCUUGCUGAGCUGGGGCGCUACUAUGUGACCUCUGCCUUCACUGUGGCUGUAAGCAUUGUUGCCAAGAAGGAGGUUCCUCUGGACCAGCCCAGCAGAGAGGAGGAAAGUGGUUCUGCCCUCAAGACCAUCAUGUACCACCUUGAUGACGGCAUGUAUGGCAUCUUCAGCUCCGUUCUGUUUGACAACAUCUGCCCCACCCCUCUCCUGCAGAAGGGGAACAAGAUUAGCAAAACAUUCCUGGGCCUCCAGCAACUUCAGUGGGCAUCUUUAAGAGGGGAAGAGAAUCAGACACACCAUUGUAUCUCCAGAUCACCAGGCCUUUGUGUGGCUCCUCUUCCCAUCAUGGGCCUUGAAAGUCCACUCUUCUUGUCCCUUAUCCCAGGGACCCACAUAUUUUGGACACCUCCUCAUUCCACAGUUAAAUAUGGUUAUGUCAGUUGUCUAAGGAAGCCUCCCUGCUGUGCUGAGGAAUUCAGAGCUUUCUACUCUGACACACCAGCACUGCCUGCAUUCUUCUGGCAGCUCACACCUAUGCACUAAGAGAAUACCGGGCUGGCUCACCUUCCUUCCACUUCACACGAGACUGCAUCCCAGCUGAGCCCGCUCCUCUGCCGUUCCACUGUGUCUCUCUGGCACAUCUUCCUCCGUGUUGACUGCCUCGGGCCUCAGUCUUUGACUCUCUGUCCUGUCUACGUGUACCUCCUUGGUGAACUCUUCCGCACUGAUGCUUUCUUUAUCUUCCUCUCUCUCUUUACUCCUAAAUUUCUCUCUAUCCUGGCUUGCACCCUGGGCUCCUGACUUGGACAGCCACCUAACCACUUGACAUUUCUCCUGGAAUCUCCCACUAGUUCAGAACUGAAUGCUUGAUUUCCCACCCCAAACUCCUUCUCGCAGUAAAUAGCACUGUCAUCAGCCAGCUGUGUAAGCUACAAGUUGGCAUUGCUUCUGCCCGCCCCGCCCUCCCGCCAUGUGGAGCGCACGGGCAGGUCUCGAGUCUUGUUCCUGUGUACAUUUUGAGUUCAUUGUACUGUUUCUCUGCCACCAUCGCCUGCAGCAAUCACUAACUGCUCUUCUGGUCCCUACUUCUGCCUUCUUAUCAUCCAUUCUCUGCACUGAAGCUUUUCAAACACCCAAAGAUCACGUCCCUUCUCUGCUUAAAACCUUCUAUGACUUGUUCUCAAAUCAAAUCCAGACUCCUUAUGAGAACCAGUGGGGCUCCUGCCCAUCCUUCUGUCCACCUCUCCUCACUCAUCUGCUCCAUCUCCACCACCCUCUUUUCUGUUCUGGAUCAUCUGAACUCUUUCUGACCUCAGGACCCUUGCAUUUGCUCCAUUCAGAAUACUCUUCAUUCACUUCUUAGUCUCUUCCUUUAUAUCUCACCUCAGAUGGUACCUACUCAGGAGGCAGCUUCCUGACCACUCUCUUUAAAGUGGCUCACCUUCAACCAUCAGAUAAUUCGAUCACCAUUCUGUUUAUUUUCUUUAUAAUGUGUUAUCAUCUGGAAUUAUCUUGUUUUUGUUUGCUCGCUUAGUCUGUCUUUUCCAUUAGCACACAGGCUUUAUGCAGGCAGCUACUUUGUUCAGUUUGUUCCUUCUGAAUUCUUAAUACCUGGCACGGUGCCAGGCAAAUCAUAGGGCUUAAGGAAUAUUUGCUGAAUGAAUUCUAAAUGAAUGAAUUACCUAUUGUACUGUGAGGCCCCUGAGGGCAGAAACGAUUCACACAUGUUUUCCUGACAUAGAAUGUCACAUGAUAGGUGCUUAGAGCAUAUUGGAAUUGAAGAGGUUUUUUUGUUUGUGUGUUUAAGACGGGAUUCUCGCUACAACUGCCCAAGCUGGUCUUGAGCUCCUGGCCUUAAAAGUGAUCCUUCUGCUUCUGCCUCCUGAGUAGCUAGGACUACAGCUUCAUGCUACCAUACCUGGUAGAACUGAACAGAUUUUGAGAUUUAUAUAAGCAACGUAAAAUUUAAAGGAACUUUUAAGAAGGAAAAACCAAAAACAAGCAAAAAACUCCUGGAACCCUGUGCCCUAGUAAAACUCAUGUUACUGCUCCUUUCACCAUUCCCAUACCAUGCUGUGUGAUUGCAAACUCCACGUCUAUAUUGGUGCCUGCUGAAGUCAUCGUGCUGGCACUGUAUUAAGAACUGCACAUAGUAUUACUCUUAAUUUUUUAUCAGUCCUGUUUUACAACGAGAAAACUGAGCAUAGAGAGAUGAAGUAGCUUGCUUGCUCCAAGUCACAGACUUAGUAAGGGGAAUGCUUAUUAACUGGAGACCGUGAGCCCUAGGGGUAGGGUUCGCGUCUUAUUCAUCUUUGAUUAUCUGUCUGGUGCCAGAGGAAAAGCUCUCAACUUUCCUAUAAAAUUACUACCUCUCUAUGAAGUGUGGUGUCACUGGACAUGUCAGCACUGCUAAAUUUUGGUAUCCGUACUCAUCUUCCAUGGAUGUUCCCUCUGCCUAGAAUGCUCUCUUAGCUCUCUGUACGGCCAGCUCAUUUCACUUGCUUAAAAAAUAAUCACUUUUACAAACUAUUUUCUUAUGGUGAAUCCUUGGGAAUUGGAUUAUCAGGUAAAAAGAUACGAACAUUUUUAGGCCUCUAGAUGUGUCCUGCCAGAUUACUUUCUCAUGAUCUUGGACUAGCUGUACUGUCACUGUCGUGGCCAUUUCACAGGAGAUUCACAAGCACUGUGCGCUACGCGUGACCUCUGCUUGUGGACUCACUUUGUCAGAGAUGGUGCACUGCAUUUCUUUCAUUUCUAUGAGUUUGACAAGCAGAAAUCUUUGUUUCUUUUUUUCUUUGAUGUCAAUGCCAUUCACAUCCUCUGUUCACCUAAUCUGGGAGCUCUUGAAGUCUCUUCUUACAAAUAGAGGUGAACUUGCAUAUGCAUGUGUGUUUAAAGUAACAGUUGAUUCAAUUCUUUUCAAUCCGUUUAUUUAUAGUUUUACCAUUAUUUUUUCAUGUUUCAGCACAAUAUCAUGUAUCUUAACUAAGUGUGCUAUAAUAAUAGCAUGAGAACUUUUGUGUUCUGCAAGUUGUAAAUCACCCUUAUUUUAUAUAUGCCUUUUCUCUUAUUGGAGAGAGUUUGGUGUAAAUGAUAAAAUCAUUCACAAA